CAAACGAGAAAUCAAUCUCUUCACCGAAAAAAAAGGACGCCGGAGAAAAAGAGAUGACGACGGCGAUGUUGCGGCGGAGCAUCUGCGGCACGGUGGCGGCGGAGAGAAUCUUGAGAGUAAAGAAGGGAUACGGCCACGGCAUGAGCAGCGUGACCGGCGGAGAUUUUCCGGUUCUAGAAGGGCACGAAGCUGCACAAGAACACGCCCGAGGAGCCCUCAAGACUCACCAGACGACGAAAGAGACAUCGAGAGGUUACGACAAAGUGAUGAUGAAGGAGUUUAGGGUUUACAGAUGGAACCCAGACAAGCCGGAAACUAAGCCCUUUCUCCAAUCCUUCUUCGUCGACCUCUCCGCAUGCGGUCCCAUGGUAUUGGAUGCACUGCAAAAGAUAAAAGCGGAGGAAGAUCCAAGUUUAAGUUAUAGAAGGUCAUGCAGAGAAGGGAUAUGUGGGUCGUGUUCCAUGAACAUCGACGGGACAAACACUGUUGCAUGUCUUAAACCCAUACAUCCAGACACCUCCAAGGCCAUCACCAUCACUCCCCUUCCUCAUAUGUACGUCAUCAAAGAUCUCGUCACCGAUCUUACCAAUUUUUAUCAGCAGCACAAUGCAUGUAGAGCCAUAGAACCGUGGUUGAAGACGAAGCGGAAACCUACGGAUGGUCGUGAAUACAGGCAGUCACCAGCGGACAGGAAGAAGCUGGACGGUCUGUACGAGUGCAUUAUGUGCGCGUGCUGCAGUGCGGGCUGUCCGGCCUAUUGGUGGAAUCCCGAAGAGUACAACGGACCGGCGGCUCUCCUCCAUGCCUACCGAUGGAUCCGCGACAGCCGGGACGAGUUCACGGAGGAGAGGCUGCAGGCCAUCACAGAAGAUAAUAAAAAAUUGUACAGGUGCAGGGCCAUCAAGAACUGUACGGCCACCUGCCCCAAAGGCCUCGACCCUGCCGGCGCCAUCUUGCGCAUGAAGACCAUGCACUUGCGUCACCUCACCGUUGAAAACAUCAAAGAUGUGGAGAAUUGAAUCUUUGAUGUCUUGAAAUACCUGCAAGUCUAGUGGACCGUUGGAAGAGGUUUCCAACAACUUAUAAUAUAUAAUAAUGUACAGAUCGUUAGGGAAUCUAAGAUUAUGGGCCUGAUCUAAGACCAAGCGGAUAUAUCUCUAUUACUUUUUCGUCUGUCCUUUAAAAAAAUCUAGAAAAUCUAGGUUAUGGGCCAGUGCCUGGUCUAGACAAUAAUAUAUACAUUAAAUUUUAACAAGA